UGGGGCCCACGGGCAAUAGGGGAUCAUGGGGGCCCUGUGUCCUUGACCAAACUCAAAAAAGCCUAUGAAAAAGGUACCAGGGGCAUCUCAUGGGGCCCCUUACUGACCCCGGGCCCUCGGGCAGUUCCCGAGUUUCCAAAUGGUCAGUCCGCCCCUGGGUCCUCCCUAUGUACUGUUUUGUACAGGAACAUUCCAACAAAUAAGCAACCAGCUCUGCGUGACGUCUUUAACCAGCCAUUGGCUGAAUCUAGAUCCCAAGCAUCAGAGUGCACUCUGGAGAAGUAUGGCCAAGAGCUUUGGCCAUACUUCUCCUUUAAAUGAAAGUGUUUGUGGCUGGAAUUCAG